AUGACUUCCUGCUCUCGGGUUCUCUGGACAGAUUACAUGUCCAUCAAAGUCACAUGCACAAAGAUUCACCUAAACCAGAGUAACCCUCUUCCUGAGUAUUUUGGUUACAUGAGAAGUAGCCAUGAUUCCACAUUGCUGGUGUCCCCAUUGGUCGUGGCAGGAAUUGUAAUUGGACUGGUUCUCUUUCUUUCAUGUGUCACCAUCAUCAUUGGUAGCCUGAGGAAGGAUGGGAGAGAAAGAGACUGGCGCCUUCAAAAUCCAAGCUAUGAUGGAAUAUCCUAUGCACCUUCUUUUGGAGAUCUGAGUUCCGUCUGUACAGGGGACAUGUCUCCAGCCUUAGAUUUUGCAUCAUAUCUAGGCCUUAGUGUUUCCUAUCCAGAUUUUUCCACCACGCUAUGAUGAGUGCGUGGUACCAGGAACCUCAGGAUCAUACCUUCCCACUGACGAGCCUCCACCGUACUCCUUGGAAGACCCACAACAGCUUCCACAUGAUCUGGCACUCAGCUCCAGCACAGAAGAGAUUGCUCCGAGAUCACAUGAAAACACAGAAAAUAAUCUGAUCACCGCUCCCUUGUCUGCUGAUGGCCUCCAUGAUGAUUCGCCAAGAAGAACCACAACCAAGACAAGCCUACACCUUCCUGUUAUACCAAUAGACAUCCAGAAAGGCAUGGCGUCACCCACCACUCUAGUCCUAUAG